CGGCGCGGCGGUAGGAGACAGUGAUAUGUGUGGUGCGCGACGCGGUGCGGUGGUUGGACACAAGGAGCAGACGACAAGGAGAGCGCGCGCCGCUCUACCGUGGCGCGCCGAAAACGACGACGCCGAAGAGCGGCCAGCGCGUGAACACGCGGCACAAGAAAAGAAAUCAAAAGAAAAGAAGCCAAUCCAAUCACAAAAGAACACGGAGCCUCGAGCAGCCAAUGAGAAAUCGACGAAUCGACCAGAGCAGCAGAAAAAGGAGCCGCGCUGGCAGUAGGGGGAGGAGUUCCAGAAGCGACACCAGGACAAGGUCGGCCACCGGAUCGGGAGUUGAAGACGGCCGUCGGGUUCCGGACCCGAGCCACCAGGACUUCACCCGGCCGGGGCCUCCUGCCAACCCUUUCCUGGGAGUCGCCACUCUUCCUGAUCGUCAACCGCUGACCGAGGCCGGCAAGCGUCUGCGCCGUGGGCAGAACGAGAGCUGUCGGGCUACGGACCCGAGCUCUACGACCAGCUGCCCGGCCAGAACGCCGCCGCCGUCAACCCCUGCUGCCAAGCCGCCUGCCUUCCCGGGCAUCGCCACCCUGCCCGAUAAUCAACUGCUGCUGCCCGAGGCCGGUGAGCGUCUGCGUCCGUGGGCAGAACCUGAGCUGUCGGGCUACGAGCCCGAGUGCCACGAUCAGCUGCCCGAUCAGAACGCCACCACCGUCGGCUCGUGCUGCCGAGCCGCCUGUCCUCUCCCUCCGAGCCAGAGCUGCCACGCUCUGGCAGCCUGUACGACGCUCCGACACAACGUCCUUUGGUGAGACCAACAACGCUUCUCUCGUCGUCUCCGCUUCGCCGCGUCGAGACUGUAGUGCAUACGCACACCCGCAGCCUGCCCGAACUUGCCUCAUAACAGUAGCGUUCCAGCUACGUGUUUUCAUGUUAUC